CUCAUUCGAAGAACCGAAGGCAAAACAGGGUAUGGGCCCACACACUUGGUUUGUGUGUUCAAGUACUAAUUGACAUCCAAGUAGGUGGGAUUGAUGUCCAGGAAACGAUCUUGUUCUCCCAUUAAUAAUAGUGAUUAGCCAUUGACAUAUCUACCCAUCCCGAGCCCAUAGAAUACUUUAACGAGUAUCGACAUUUUGAUAUCAGUCAAAACGCCAUGGGACGGCCAUUGGGAUCGCUCUUCUUGGUUCUUAUCUUCGGUUGUAGUGACACGGGAAGCUAUGCGAUUGGAUCCGAUUUGAGAUGUCCUCCAGGAUAUCUUGUGUUCGGUCAACGAAUCUACCAAGAAUCACAGCCCAAUCGUCUUGACCCGAAUUUGGACCGCUUUCAGUAUUGUGUAUAUUGCAAGCACAACUCGCCCUUCUCCAGUCACUUGGAGGUGUGCACCGACCAUGGUCUGUGGCCUUCAUUGAAAUUCCUGGAAUCUGCCACUUUCCUCGCCUUGUCCUCUGCGUCUUCAUUAUCGCCGCCAGUGCCACCCUUGCCCUCAAAAUUGAGCGGAUCUAAUGGACGUGAUUACUACUGGUACAUUGCGUCAGAGUCGGGGUAUUUAGAGAGGACUUCUAGCUCUUGCUCAUUCUACGACCAUGCCCUCAGUUUUCCCUUGAUGGGUCGAGUGCUGGAAUGCAGACAAAGGGUUUGUGGGGUGAGAUUCCUGGGGGCCGUCCAAAUUCUGUCGGAUCUCCAGUCAGAGUUGGAGUGGAUUGCUUGUCCUGACAGCCAAGAAGCGAAAGACGAACCACCCUUUUUGGAAGAUGAUGUGAUCUGCCAUGAAGGUCCUUUAAAGGGCAUUGUAUUAACGCACUACGAUUCGGUAAUAGAGGGCAAGCACUUUGUGCGGUCUUGUGGCCUGUGUCCAAAUAACAGCCAUGUUUGUAGGAACGAGUACAAUCCGAUGGAAUCGGAUUAUAACACAUACUACCGAUGCUUAAGCGAACCUUGUCUAAACAAGGAGCUCAAGGUCAGGAAUGCUCACCAUUCCUCCACGAAUGAAUCUGUAUCCAAUGUGGAUUGGUGUGGCUUCAGGACCAACGGAGAGUACGCCUCUUUACCUGCGGAUAUUACGGAUUUCAUUUUGUUGCCCUGCCAAUCCCGGGAGAAGAAAAUGACGGACGGCUUGACAUUGGAUUAUCUUCAUUUGAUUCUGGCCAUUUCAACUUUAAUGGGCCUCAUGAUAUGCCUAGCUUUGGUUUGUCAGCUGGUGAAGAACAAGCAAAGAAGCGUUCUAUACGAGCUUCCCGAUCAGUGAGGGAGAUUUAAGCUUAUGGACUAUUUGUGAACCGCAUUGCCAAGAAUACAUAUUCAGAUAUGCUCCAA